AGCCCUUAUAAUUAAAACUAAAUAACAGGAAACAAGAGUCAGUUCACUUACUAUGACCUUACAACACCAAUUAUCCAUUCCCCCACUCGCCCCACGCGCGUCCCUUCAACGCGCCACCCUCUUUCUCACCUCACCUCCUUUUCUCUCUCUUCUCAAAACCCACCACCACCGUCAACGAAUCUCUCUCUCCGCCAUGUCAUCAUCUCCCCCCACCUUCACCGAACUCAACUCCGAUUCUGAUUUCUCCUCUCUUCUCUCUCCCGACGAUCACAUCUCCAUUUGCGGCUUCGGUUCUCUUCUCUCCGAACGAAGUGCCAGAAGCACUUUUCCUGAUUUGAUCAAUUUCAGAACCGCGAAAUUGAAUCACUUUCGUCGUGUUUUCGCUCAUGUUGCUCCUGUUUUCUUUGAACGUGGCAUUGCGAAGCCCGAAACUAUGGAGAUUUCAAGCUUGAGUGUGGAGCAAUGUGAAGGAGAAACUCUUGUAGUAACAGUUUUUGAGAUAAGAAAAUCAGAGAUUCCAGAUUUUAUCAAAAGGGAGGUUGAGUUUCGGUUUCUUGCUGUUCUUCCUGAAACUCUUGAUGGCAAGUCUUUUGAUUUUCCAGCGGUCCUUUGUGCACGUUAUAGUGAUGAGGAAUUUUUCAACAUUAGAUGCAAAGGAAAUAAGGAAAUGUUAUUUCAGCAAUAUGGACGAUGGAAUAUUGAUAAAAUCUGGAGAGAUGAUAUUUUUCCUUGCCGUGUCUAUCUUCGACACUGUGUUCUAGCAGCAAAGAAUCUAGGUGACACAGCCUACAACAAUUUUCUGGAUCACACCUACCUUGCUGACCGUAAAACAACCAUUCGCGAGUACUUGGAAACAGCAGGUUCUGGUAUAAUGGAAGAGGAACCCCCUGAAUCCCUCAAGUUCCGUUAUGGUGGUUGAUAAUUUCAAUUCAAGAUUCAGUUUUUGCUGUCAUUUGAUGUCUCAGUGUCAAGAAAUGGAAGAUGGGCUUAAACAUUUUCAUGUUAAUAGUAAAACAAAACAUAUACUACAUUAAUAAUACAUUCAUGUUAUUUCUCUGACUUGCUGUAAGUUUUGAAAUCGAGCUUAAGAAUAACAUUAAACAGAACCCACGAGGGUGUGUGUACAACUUUCUUCUUUAAGAAAGAAAUAUCCAUCUCAGCUUUUA